AUGGAUUAGAAUAAUAGUUUAUAACCUGGUUUGAUUAUCGAUUAAAGGUUCAAAUUGCUAAAGAGAAUUGGUAGUGGUAGUUUUGGAAUAGUUUAUCUAACAUUUGAUUUAGAUGAAAAAGAAUAUUGUGCAGCUAAAUUCGAAAAUCGAAAUAUGUAAAUGAGAAUGAUGAAUAGAGAAAUUUUGAUACUAAAAUAAUUGAAAGGAAUAAAUGGUACCUUAAUUUUAAUUCUAUUAUUAUAGGAUUCCCAGAAUUAAUACAUAAUGGAAAGGAUCGAUAGUAUUCCUAUUAUAUGAGUACUUUGUUAGGAGACAAUCUUGAAGUAUUAUUAAAAAAGUGUGGAGGUAGAUUUUCUCUCUAAACUACAUUAUAAUUAUCAAUUCAACUUAUAGAUCGUUUAGAAGGUUGUUUUUAAUUUAAACAUUUAGUUUUUCAUAGUAUGAAUUUCAUACAUCGUGAUAUCAAACCAGAGAAUUUUCUUAUAUCUAAAGAAGAUUCUUCCAUAGUCUAUUUAAUUGAUUUUGGUUUAUCUAAAUAUUAUAGAGCUAAUGAUGGAAAACACAUUGAAUUUUCUUAAAAAACAGGAGUUAUAGGAACUGCUCGUUAUGCUAGUAUAAAUACAUUAUAAUGUAUUAAUUAUCUUAUUUUAUUAGGGAUGGAAUAAUCAAGAAGAGAUGAUUUAGAAAGUUUGGGUUAUAUGUUAAUAUAUUUUAUUAAAGGGGAGUUACCAUGGUCUAAUGUUAAAAUUAUUGAAAAGGAAGAGAAAUAUGAUUAAAUACUUUAAAUCAAAAUGGGAAUUCCACUUAGUUAACUUUGUUUCAAUUUACCAAAAGUAUUUAUUUAAUUAUUCAUUCCAAGUGUUUCAUACAUUAUUUUUAACAUGUAAAAUCAUUACUCUUUUAAUAAUAACCAAAUUAUUCACAUUUAAGAAAUCUAUUCGAAAAUUAACUAUAAGAAUAUGAUCAUCAACUUUAUGAUUGGGAAUUAAAAUAAUUGGAAAUGUAAAAAUAAGAUAUACUUAUUGAUCCUAAUUCAAUCCCUAAUAUUAGAUUAUAAACUGAAAUUGAUUUAGUUCCCCCUGUUGAUGAAGAAGGAGAAGCUUUUCAUUUAAAAUAAGAUAAUUAACAUAAUCUUAAAUUUAUGAAAUAAUUACAUGAAAAAUACUUUGAUCAUAAUACUUAUAAAAAUAAUGAUGAUGUUUAAUUCUAAAAAAAUACAUCUAUUGAACCUAAAAGUUAAGCUACAAGCAAAUAAAAUAAUUAUUAAAUUAGUAAUCACACCUUAAUUCAAGUAGAAUCAUAACCAUUUAUACAGAAUAAUCCUAAUUCAUUUACUAAAAGAAAAGAUUCUAAAUCUUAUACUUCAUUUAAAUAAAGUUAAGAACAUAAAGAAAAUAGAAAAUUUCGAUAAUCUAAUGAUGAUUAUGAUUUGGAUAUGGCUAAUGAUGAUGGCCCUAACUUAGACUUAAAAAAUCUCGAAGUUAAUUACUUUUUAAAAUGAAU